AUGGGCAUAAGGGAUACUCGCAAUGUACAACUUUAUAGAAAAAUGAAUUGCAUCAGCAAACGAAUCUUGCGGGCGCAAAACUCGACGAAUCCGCCACUGUUAGCUCCUGAAGCCUCGGGAAGAGGUCGUCGUCGCGGGAACAAGCGAGAAGGAAACGCAAGGAAGCGCGCCCCAAUUGCCGCUGGACGAGCAAUUGGGCACGAGCGCGAUCAAGAAGGUAAAUACCCAUUGGAAGGUGGUUGCAAAAGGAGCGGUGAAGGUCACGGAAUUAAGCCUAAGGGUGGCAUCAUGGACUCUCAUCAGCAGCAGUUUUGUCUCAAGUGGAACAGUUUCGGCAGCAAUUUAGCAACGACGUUCUCGAAUUUAUUCAAAAGCGAGAGUCUCACCGAUGUCACCCUGUUCUGCGAGGGAGUUACGUUCAAAGCGCACAGGUUAAUCCUCGCAGCAUGCAGCAAGCAUUUUCAGGAGCUUUUCGGUAUGCCGCCUUCUCCCGCGGGAUUGAUCGUUAUUCUCGAUGGGACGAGUGCCCACAAUAUGGCAUCCCUCCUCGAAUUCAUGUACCGUGGAGAGGUACAUGUGUCCCAGGAAUCUCUUAGCUCCUUCCUCAAGGCAGCUGAAUGCCUUCAAGUUAAAGGUCUAUCGAUCAUCGAGCACGAAAAGCUGGCGGUGGCACAGAGGCACGCUGCGGAGAGCAGCAACACCUCCGCGGACGCAGAGAGCAGUGGCGAUGUUACUGCUCUCCGUGGAGGCGGGGGUAACGGAGGCGGUGGUAGCGGUAGCGUCGGGGGUAGCGUCGGCAGCGGUAGCGUCGGCAGUGGUAGCAUCGGUGCUACCAUCGGCAACGGGGGCGGUGUUAGCGGCGUCGGUGAUAUGAACGACAUGAGCGAGGCAGUCAGGAACAUCAUGAAGAGGACCCCCACACCGGCGCCGUCGCCCGCCUCGGAAUACAUCGUGCCCAAUAUGUACGCCACCUCUCAUUAUUGCGAGAGCCUGCCGAAGAGGUUGAUGAGAUCGCCGAGCGACGUCGAUACGUUAGGAAGAGCGAGCGUGUUGCGCGACGGCCCUGCCUUCCGGCCGGCAUCCGCCCCGCAUCCACUGUUGGAAAAUCACUUCUAUCAAUCGUUCACCCAUCCCUCUGAAAUUCAUUCGCAUUCCCACACCGCGCCACACACGCCCACGGAACUGGAACAGCAGCUGGAACGAGCGCGGUCCGAGGAACGCAGCAAAUGUGAUCUCAAGGAAAGCGUUGCCGAAGACCUUCGAAUAAAACAGGAGCCAGUGGAGACCGAUCGAGAGAGGGUGGAGAAAUUGGCGGAGAGAUUGUCCAAGCGGGAAGACGAGGCUUAUCCCGGACGGGGGUUUGACGCGGGCUUGUACAGAUCGAACUCGGACCAUCUACAUGGAGCACAGCUGGGUCCGACGAUGGUGCCGAUGCCGGCAGUUCAUCCGCCGACUCCCGAUCAGAGUCCCGCCGCGCUUCCCGCUCUCGCUAUGUGGAACUCGAAGAUCAACAAGGCCAGCACUGUCUAUACUGUCGACGGCGGUAGGAAAUUAAAGUGUCCCUUCUGCGAGAGACUGUACGGCUACGAGACGAAUCUACGCGCUCACGUGCGGCAACGUCACCAGGGCAUCAGAGUGCCGUGUCCGUUCUGCUCGCGGACGUUCACCAGGAACAAUACCGUCAGACGGCAUAUUGCGCGAGAGCACAAAGUCGAGAUCAGCAUGAAGGACUUGCAGCAGUCCAACGAUUCGGUCUCGGACACUGUGCUCCAGUAACAAUGUCUUCGGCGUCGCUAUCACUCUCGCCGUCGUCACCGCGGUCACCGUCGUGGUCCACGUGCGGUGGUACCGGAAGCAACAGUUCCGGUGACCACUUCGCCAGAGCCGACCGCGAGACUGGACCGCGGUUAGAUCGUACGAGACGAGAGGAGAGGCUGCAGUUAAGUACCUUCGUUUUCCCUUCGUCGUCGUCAGCGAACGCCGUCCCGAUUCCUCGUCGCGAGAGCGAUCUCUCCGCGUGCGCGCCUGGAAUCGUCGAGAAAUCAUAUACGAGGGGCACGACUAUGAAGAUUCGUAUGGGGCAAAGAAACAUGGAGGAGGCACGGAACAACGAUGCGCACGGCGCCUCGAGUACGCUCGCGAAAACGCUGCGAAUCACAAAGCUAGUCAAUGAAAGUGCAACGGUCAAGUAAGGAUUAUUAACUAGGAGCUUUUUAAACGAGAGACGAGAGAUAGCGGGUGAAGGUAACGACCUGAGCGGCGAAUAUGGCGCAUAAACACGUACACGCAGAGCCGUUAUAGCGCAGGCGACUGCGACGAGAGAACCAAUGCAAACUCAGGUAAACUUAAAUCGUGGCACGAACAAACGCCAGGAGAAAAACGCUACCUUUUCAUAGUUCAACGUAGAUCGGAUUACUCGCCGUCGCAUUUUAAUCGUUAACGCAUUUUAAUCGUUAACCGGUUUACCUGUUUCUGAUACUACUAUCGCUGUUGAGAAGUCGAGCCUAUAGGAUCGCGACGUUCCGAUGGGCGAUACCUAUCUACGUUACGUUUACGCGCGCACCAGUGCCAAAGACAAGACGCUUUUUCUACUCUGGAGUAAUUCACACGUCUAUUUUCAGUUUCGCCUUUUCAUACAUCCGCGUACAACCCGCACUCCACUAUUAUAAUAUAAUAAUCGCGUUGGAACCCACAUAUCCGAAAUCGCGCCGAGACGACACCCGACGAAGUACACACAUUUUAUACAGUUACGAUUUUAUAUAACGUUUACGAGAGAUUACUGCGAUUUUAGGGCGGACGACUGUCGUGCGAUUAGCCGUGGGAGAGUCACGCAGCUGUUCACGCAAAGAUACUUCUUGGCGAAUGCGUGGACCUAGCACGUCGACCGAGCAAUAAUCACGUUGAUACAUCAUUGUACUAUGUCGACAUCGAUCUUUCUGGAAAAAAAAUGAUAAUAAAAAGAAAAAAAAACGAACGCAUUCACCAUGGAAGUUCGUCGCAACGGCUGCGAUGCCUCGCGGCGAAACGAUCACUACCACUUUGUUACCUGUUUACAAUGUUUAAAAUGCGGACUUUUGUCCGGAGCAAUAGUCGCGUACCGUGAAUAUAGAGUAUAGCCAUCGAUCACACACGUGUGAUCUUAAACAGUGCGCGCGGUUACGCGCGAAAUAGUUGCUAUCCCGGUUGUAUGAGAUGUGAUCAAUGCAAUAGAUUUAUAUUACACAUUACCUAUAUGUAUAGAUAUAUAGAGAUAUACUCCUAGUCAGGAUGGCACCCACGAUAUUACUUGUUACAGUAUUUACACUUUAUACAGAUUAAUCUGUCUUAUUUUUGUUCCGUUUACUUGUUCUCCCUUUCGUUUAUUUUUUUUUUGUUCUUUCGCAGAAAGUUUUUAAACGGUUAUUCUCACAACGAUACCCGCCUACCGUAAGUUAUCAGAGACAAUAGAGACGAUAUAGAGAAUUAUUUAGUAUUUAAAGCGCGUCGUGCGCGAGCUGGGGAUAUAAUGGUACACGAGAUAGAAGCCGAAGAGAGUUCAUUUCCGUUCUUUUAUAUUUUUAUUUUUAUUUUAGUUUUUCCUUUAUCUCUUUUCUUCUUCUUUUUUUUUCCCGUUUUCUAAUAACAUUCAACAUGCCAAAUAUAUACGUGAGCACUCGUCGCGCACGCGCGCGCAUAACUCUGCCAAAAGUAUGACAGUACUACCUCAUCGUUUUGCAAUGCAUUACACACAGGGAACACAAUAGCGAUAUAUUAUACAGUACAAUAAAACCUGUACAUUCCGUACAGCCGCUACUAUUAUUACUACUACUAUUACUACUACUUUGUCCGGUUAAUGUCGGAGCAGUUCUCCUGCCAUUGCUACCCUCUUGGUAGGGUAGCGCAAGAUCGUGGAUCUCGGAGCUUACACACAGACCAUAGAUUUUAAUUUGAAAUUGCUACAUGCUUCGCUUGUAUCAUAAAUCAGAAUCCAUUCACGCUAGUCAAACACAUGUACAUUCGACGUUUUGUUUCUUCGCUACAAUCAUUCCCGUCCCACGAAGUUCAUUCGUCCGAGAAGCUCCGGGAUCUUCGAUUCGCGCACGUGAUGUCUAUACGUAAAAUAGGUCCAUUUCCUUUUCGUUUUGUUGUCGCGAAGGGCGCAUUAUUGAAAUAACACAACAUGUAUGUACAACUGUGAAACCGUAGUGAGUGAGCGCGAAAGCGAGCGAGUGCGUACACAUAUGCAUAAGCAGUCGUGAAUGCGCGAGCGAAGCGAUUCGCGGGAAGGAGGAAGAGCCGCAAUUAUGCGUCGUGAUCCGUUGUCGAAAUUGCAACGCGAAAUCAUCCGACGUGUCGUCGGACGUUGCUGAAGCGGUCGCGACUGGUUGCACCGUUUUCGUCCCGGGGAUGAAGCGAAAGAGGUGAUAAUACAGAAUGGUGUUGAUCAUCGAAUAGAUCGGUGAGAUUAGCGCCGAUGUGCUGAUGAAGGAGGUGGUGGAGGAAAGCGAAAAUUAUUCGAGCGUAGGUGACAUCGAUUGUCCCGAGGGAGCGUAAAGGGAAGUUAAUCGUCGGGGAUGGGAUUAAUGAUGCUGGACGACGGAGAUUACAUAGUCAUAGAGAAGUUAAUUCCCGGGGGAGAAGCCGCGGGAAAAGGAUAUUCAAAGAUGUUAUGUGUCGUUUACGUAUGUGAUGAUAGGAACAUACACACACGCGCACACACGUACAUACACGUACACAGAGAGAUAGGGAGAGAGAGGAGGAGAGAGAGAGUUAUGGGAGAAACAUACGUACAUACGCACGUGGACAGCACACAUGCUCGUGUAAAUAGAUAUACGGUCGCGUAUGCCAAGUUAUAUAAUGAAUCUUUUACUUAAUAUAUAUACAAAAUAUAUAUAUUGUUUUCGGCUGUUCUGCUAAGCAGAGGCAAAGGCGGGAGGGGGGAAGGAUACCUUUAAGUGGUACAAUGAAUUAGCGUUAAGUUUAAGUAGAGGGAUCGGAGUUAUUUGGCAGAGUGGAGCGGCGAAAUUCGAAAGUUAGAAUAAUAACGUCAGACGCGGAAUUUCCGGAGGAGAGGGAGUUGGUUAAACCCAGGGUUUAAUUGUUUUGUCAUACGUAAGGAUUAGGAGUGCAUACGUAGUAAAGGUAUUUCACACCCGACACUUACACGAAAUACACACGUACACGUACAGCAGAUCGAGAAGAGCGAGAGGCAAUGUUGAUCGAGGAAAUUAUAAGAGAAAAGUAAAGAACACACGUACCU